GCCCUCCGAUCUCCCCUCCGCCGCCAACAGCCUCCUCAAAACCCUAAUCUCCUCCCAAAACCCUAACCGAGCCCUAGACCUCUUUCGCCUCAUGCUCAGAUCCCAAAUCCUCCCCCAAACCGACUCCUGCAACCGCCUCCUCUCCUCCUUCGUCAAGCUCAAGCAUCUCGACAAGGCCUGGAUCGUCUACGCCGAGAUGUUCCGCUACCGGAUCCGAUCCACCGUCCACACCUUCAACAUCAUGAUCAACGUCCUCUGCAAGCAAGGUAAGCUCCGAAAGGCCAAAUCUUUCAUCCGUUUCAUGGAGGAAUCUGGUGUCAAACCCAACGCUGUGACUUACAACACGGUAAUUCAUGCGCAUUGCGUGAGGAGGCAGGUUGAGCUGGGUUCUGAGCUUGUGAAUUUGAUGAGGGGGAACGGGAUUGCGCCCGAUGAGUACACUUAUGGGUCGAUAAUCUCGGGAAUGUGUAAAGAGGGGAGAGUUGGUGAUGCUUCUCUGGUUUUGGGGGAGAUGGUGGAUGCGGGCUUGGCGCCGGGUGUUGUGAUUUACAAUGCUUUGAUUGAUGGGUAUUGUAACAUGGUGGAUGCGGGCUUGGCGCCGGGUGUUGUGAUUUACAAUGCUUUGAUUGAUGGGUAUUGUAACAAAGGGGAUUUGGUGACGGCGGUUGGGUAUAGGGAUGAGAUGGUGAAGAGGGGGAUUGAGCUGACGAUUUCUACGUAUAAUGUGUUGAUUCAUGCUAUGUUUAUGGAGGGGAGGCAUGAGAUGGUGAAGGAGUUGGUGAAGGAGAUGGAGAGGAAGGGUUUAGUGCCUGAUGAAGUCACCUAUAAUAUUUUGAUCAAUGGGUAUUCGAAGGAAGGAAAUGUGAAGAAAGCAUUUGAAAUGUUUGAGGAAAUGUCAAUGAGAGGAGUGAAACCUACCCGGGUUACUUAUACUUCAUUGAUUUGUGUACUUUCCAAGAAGGGUAGAGUUCUUGAUGCAGAUAGGAUGUUUAGAGAGGCAAUUCAGAAGGGAUUAUUGCCUGACCUUGUGAUGUUUAAUGCUUUGAUUGAUGGAUAUUGUGGUAGUGGUGAUAUGGAGCGAGCAUUUGGUCUCUUGAAGGAGAUGAAAACUAGGAAGGUUGUUCCUGAUGAGGUUACUUAUAAUAUACUCAUGAGAGGGUUUUGUUUGUUGGGAAAAGUUGAGGAGGCUCGUGGUCUUCUUGAUGAGAUGGAAAAAUGCGGGAUAAAGCCAGAUCUUAUCAGUUAUAAUACUCUCAUUAGUGGUCAUAGCCGGAAAGGUGAGCUGAAGGAUGCUUUUUUGGUUAGAGAUGAGAUGUUGAGCAAGGGUUUCAACCCCACGAUUCUAAGUUACAAUGCCCUUAUUCAAGGAUUAUGUAAACAUGGAGAGGGAACUCGUGCAGAGGAACUGCUUAAAGAAAUGGUCGGCAAUGGUAUCACCCCAGAUAAUAGUACAUAUAUAUCGCUGAUUGAGGGGCUGAACGAUGUUGAAGACUUGGUGAAAAGUGAAAAUAUAUGAAUAUGCGCGUCUACUUCACAUCAUCUAUCAAGAAAACUGCUAUGACACAUGGUGGAUGUUCAUUAAGUUAUAUUGGGUUGUAAUAUUACAUGUGCGGCAUUAAAUUUAGGAGCAUGCUGUUUUGGCUUUCAGGCACUUAAUAUCUCCAGAAGAAUUGUUCAUUUCAAGUAUGAAACAGGUGUGAUCUCUACCAACAGAUAGUUGACAAACGUGAAUUUAUGAUGCAUGCUGAUGUCUGUCGACCUCAGGAAUUCAAUAACCGUUCCUGCUUACAUCUGACUACCAAUAAAAGAGGUGCAGUUCUAUGAGUCUAUGAUUAAUGUAUAUACAUUUAUGUCCCUGAAGAAAGUAUGAUAUGUUCCUAUUGACAA